AUGUAUCGAAUAAUAUGUCGAGGAUUAUUAUCGCGUCGAAUUUCAACAACUAUUUCCGCUUUUGCAUCAUCAGAUGUUAGUGUAAAUUUACCAAAUCCUUGUAUUGCUAUGGCACCUGAUACAAAUCAUAUUGUUUGUUAUCAUCCAGAAAAACCACAUCCUUAUGAAUAUACAAAAUCUAUCGAUCGUAAUGAUCCUAGUUUUGCUAAGAGUGAUGGUGUAUUUAAAUCUCAAGUUCAAAAUGAUUAUGAUAACCGAUUUUAUAGAAAGCAAUUAACGAAAAAAGAUUUUCGUUUAGAAACUGAACAAUUAUCACAAAUGUUCAAUGAACAUCCAGCUAUAUUCAAAUUAAGACCAAAAAGAGACAAGAUUCAUCGAGCAUCACAAUUUUCUGAGCCAGCACCAAAUCGAUCUGGCAUCUGA